AACGCGACGCUCUCCGUAGGCGCACGGCUGGCGAGCAGUCGGGACGGGAGCGCGGGCGUCCGCGGUGGCUGCAGUCCCGUCGGUCUCCCUGCUGUCCGGCGCGAGCUCUUCGAGUCUUGCUUGGUUGGAAGACUACAGACAUGGAAGGGGCCCAUGCCUCCCUUAGCUUAGAGGACGAAGUCUCUGGGGCUGGCAGCCCCCAACGCCCGCUAGAGGGGAAGGGCGGCGAGACCCCUGCUGCCGAGGAGCCGGGGUCCCUGAAGAACUAUGCUGUCUUCGCCACAAGGGAUGUUUCAGCAGCCCCUGAGAAGGAAGAGGAGGAAGCUGAGGGCCCGCUGAGGGCGCAGGACCUGAGGGAGUCCUACAUCCAGCUCAUCCAGGGUGUGCAGGAGUGGCAGGAUGGUUGCAUGUACCACGGGGAGUUUGGGUUGAACAUGAAGCUUGGAUAUGGCAAAUUCUCUUGGCCCACAGGCGAGUCAUACCAUGGGCAGUUUUACCGGGACCACUGCCAUGGCCUGGGUACCUACAUGUGGCCAGAUGGCUCCAGUUUCACGGGCACAUUUUACCUCAGCCACCGAGAAGGCUACGGCACCAUGUACAUGAAGACACGGCUUUUCCAGGGGCUGUACAAAGCGGACCAGCGGUUUGGGCCAGGCGUCGAGACCUACCCCGAUGGCAGCCAGGACGUGGGGCUGUGGUUCCGAGAGCAGCUCAUCAAGCUGUGCACCCAGAUCCCCAGUGGCUUCUCCCUCCUCAGAUACCCUGAGUUCUCCAGCUUCAUCACCCACAGCCCUGCCAGGAUCAGCCUCUCAGAAGAGGAGAAAACGGAGUGGGGACUGCAGGAGGGACAGGACCCCUUUUUCUAUGACUAUAAGCGGUUUCUUCUGAAUGACAACCUAACGCUGCCUCCAGAAAUGUAUGUCUACUCGACCAACAGUGACCACCUGCCCAUGACAAGCUCUUUCCGCAAAGAGCUGGACGCUCGCAUCUUCCUCAAUGAAAUUCCUCCGUUCGUUGAGGAUGGAGAACCGUGGUUCAUAAUCAAUGAGACCCCUUUGUUGGUCAAAAUCCAGAAGCAAACUUACAAGUUCAGGAACAAGCCAGCUCACACCAGCUGGAACAUGGGCGCCAUCCUGGAGGGGAAGCGCAGCAGCUUUGCACCCUGCGGGCCCAAAGAGCGGCUUUCCAUGGAGAUGAUCCUAAAGGCUGAGGAAGGGAACCACGACUGGAUUUGUAGGAUCCUGAAGGACAACUUUGCUAGUGCCGACGUGGCGGACGCAAAGGGCUACACUGUGCUUGCUGCGGCUGCUACUCACUGCCACAACAACAUUGUCAACCUUCUCCUGGACUGUGGGGCCGACGUGAACAAGUGCUCAGAUGAGGGUCUCACGGCACUCAGCAUGUGUUUCCUCCUCUACUACCCCGCCCAGUCCUUCAAGCCCAAUGUUGCUGAACGGACCAUACCUGAGCCCCAGGAACCUCCAAAAUUCCCAGUUGUUCCAAUCCUUUCAUCAUCAUUUAUGGACACAAACCUGGAGUCUCUGUACUAUGAGGUGAACGUGCCUUCGCAGGGUAGCUAUGAGCUGAGGCCACUGCCAACACCACCGCCACUGCCACACGUCUCAGGCAGCCAGGAGAGUGGCCACUUCCAGGACACCGGGCAGUGUGGGGAGUCCGUGGACCACAGGAGUAGCUCUCUGAAGGGGGACUCCCCGUUGGUGAAGGGAAGCCUUGGCCAUGUGAAAAGUGGGCUCGAGGACGUGCUGGGAAACACAGACCGGGGCAGUCUGUGCAGUGCUGAGACCAACUUUGAGUCCAAUGUGUGUGUGUGCAACUUCUCCAUCAAGCUCUCGCAGGCCAUGCUGGAGAGAAGCGCCCAGUCCCACAGCUUGCUGAAGAUGGCCUCGCCCUCACCAUGUACCAGCAGCUUCGACAAAGGGACCAUGCGGAGGAUGGCGCUGUCCAUGAUCGAGCGGAGGAAGCGGUGGCGGACCAUGAAGCUGCUGCUGCGCCGGGGCGCGGACCCCAACCUGUGCUGCGUGCCCAUGCAGGUCCUGUUCCUUGCUGUGAAGGCCGGGGACAUGGAUGGGGUGAGGCUGCUGCUGGAGCACGGGGCGAGGACCGACAUCUGCUUUCCGCCGCAGCUGCGCACCCUGACACCACUCCACAUCGCUGCCGCGCUUCCUGGGGAGGAGGGGGUACAGAUUGUGGAGCUGCUGUUGCAUGCCAUCACCGAUGUGGACGCCAAGGCAUCCGACGAGGACGACACUUACAAGCCCGGCAAGCUGGACCUGCUGCCCUCAAGUCUGAAGCUCAGCAACGAGCCGGGCCCUCCCCAAGCCUACUACAGCACGGACACAGCCCUCCCCGAGGAGGGGGGCAGGACGGCUCUGCACGUGGCCUGCGAGCGGGAGGACGACAACAAGGGUGCCAGGGACAUAGUCCGGCUCCUUCUAUCCCACGGAGCAAAUCCUAACCUGCUGUGGAGUGGCCACUCCCCGCUCUCCCUGUCCAUUGCCAGUGGGAAUGAGCUGGUUGUGAAGGAGCUCCUGACCCAGGGAGCUGACCCCAACCUGCCCCUGACCAAAGGCUUGGGCAGUGCCCUGUGUGUUGCCUGUGACCUGACCUACGAGCACCAGAGGAACAUGGACAGCAAGCUGGCCCUGAUUGACCGACUCAUCAGUCACGGGGCCGACAUCCUGAAGCCUGUAAUGCUCAGGCAGGGGGAAGAGGAGGCGGUGGGCACAGCCGUGGACUAUGGCUACUUCAGAUUCUUCCAGUUAUACAUCACAAGAGCUGACAGGGGCCCUCGAUCACCGAGAGUCACCGCAGCAGUGAGGGGCGGGCCCGGGACCCUGUGGAGACCCUGGUGCUGUGCCGCAGGACCGGAGGAUUGCCCGCUGCCCCUUCCACACGCUGAUGCCGGCAGAGCGCGAGACGUUCCUGGCGCGGAAGCGGCUCCUGGAGUACAUGGGCUUGCAGCUACGGCAGGCUGUCUUUGCCAAGGAGAGCCAGUGGGACCCCACGUGGCUGUACCUGUGCAAGAGAGAGCAAAGACAGUUUCAAGCCUAAUGUUGAGAGGCAUUUGGAAGGAGAUUGGUAAAUUCACUGGAGUAACAGACUAAACUAUAGAAUGGCUAAUUGCUAGAGAAAACUAAGAAAAGAGAGACAGGAGAAGCCUUCCUGUGGUCAUAACAAGUCUCACACACCCCAAGGACUGAUCUAAAGAGCACACAGCAUACAAAGAAACAUUUAUUCAAUAAAAUCUUUCAAAAUUCAGUAAGAACAGAGAAUGUCUGUGGUAUUAAACCAAGGUCUACCUUCCUUUUCACCCUCCCAGCUCAGGGAGGCAGAAACUCUAUUCCAGACCGGUACAGCCAAGAACACAGUAGAAGAGGGCAUGGAUGUCAAUAAUUCUCAUCCUGCCCUCAGCUACCUGUUGCUGAGGCUAAGUUCCUGUUGCUCCAGACUUAGUGUGCUUCCAAGAUGGCGAGGAGGUGGCGGCUCCAUUCUUAUCCUCAGCUUCCAAGAUGGCCAGGAAGUGGUGCACUCAGAAUUACUGGAGGUUAUGAUGGGCAAUAUUAAGAAGAUUGGUAAACUUACUGGAAAUAUAGGUGAAACUAUAAUCUGCCAGCAAUUAUAUACCAUGGUUUGUAUUAACUAUAAAUUAUGCCAGAGAAAAAUGAGGAAAGAUAGCUGGGAAGAGCCUUCCUGUGGUCAGAACCAGUCUUCAAUACUGACCUUUGGAACUAUCCCUUCAAUGAGCUCUGAUCGAAUUCUAAUUGGAUCAGUCUAGGAAGCCAUUUAUACCCCAGGGCACUGUUGCAAAUUAUGAACAAUCAGCCAGCAAUUAUCAGAACUAAACAGGAGCGUAUGGUCAUGGAAGGAGACAGUCAAAGAGAUCCUUGUCCAAACCACUGUCACCUUAGGGUCACUGUGAACAAACCCAAGGCUGCCUUCCAUGAGAAGGAACAUCAGAAGCUUUAUAAUGCAGGGGAGAAAUGGAUUUCACACAAUUAACCCAGCUGGUCAUUAACCAAAUAAGCAAACAGAUAGUAAUAUCCAGCCCCAAGGGAGAAGAAUGAAGGAAAAUGAACAUGUCCUCAGAGAAAAGUGGGAGACUAAGAGAGAAAAAAGAA